GGUGUACGGUUUGAUCCUCUUCCAUAAAUGGUCAAAUAUAUUAAGUGUUCCGCCAAACCUUGCCCCGGUUACGUUUGCGGUGUGGUUCUUGAGAAUCUCUGUAUCUUGUACAGGUGAUAUAUUCAGUUCGUUUUCAUCAUGGGCGAUUCGCUCGAGGAAAAGUUCGGUGCCUGGGAACUGUUCGAAGAGAUAUGGGAGAAGACAAUUACGGAAGAUACUGUGAACAUAUUGGAUAAAGUAGAUAUAUUUAUUAAAGACAGCCCUUUUCACGAUCGAUUGAAUCUUCGCGCCGAUGUGAAAGACAACGUAAAGGCACGAAGCUUGCGUGCCAGAGGCAAUGAAUUAUUUCACCCUAAAGUGAAAAGGUAUAUCGAGGCAAUUAAAUGCUAUAACGAGAGCAUCGCUUUCUCAGAAAAAGGAACAGAAGACAGAGCCAUAGCGUUUGCCAAUAGAUCGAUGAUUUGCUACGAAUUGCAACGGUACGAAGAAUGCUUGGAGAAUAUACGUUUGGCUCGAGAUUCUAACUACCCGGAACGGCUGGCGGGUAAACUAGUAAAACGGGAGGAAGAUGCCAGAAAAGCUUUACUGGCAGCGGCAAACAAACAUAGCGCGGUGAAAGGGAGCGAUAAUUCUCAGGCACACGGUGGUGAAGUUAAAUUAAGCUACAAUGCUUACGAGACGCUACCUCAGGUCGCAGAAUGUUUGGAACUGGCUGAAAGCGAAAAAUUUGGUCGUUUCAUCGUAACUAAUCGACAGUUAAACGCUGGCGAUGUGGUGAUAUUGGAACAACCCUUCUGCCGCCUACUGCGUGACGUUUAUCGAUGCAUUCGGUGUGAUUUUUGCCUUAAGGAAAGCAUAUUUACGCUCAUACCGUGCGAAAGAUGUACUGUGGCCAUGUACUGUACGGCCGAAUGUAUGGACAAAGCGUACAAACAAUACCAUCGUGUAGAAUGUCCAAUUAUACGAAACAUGUGGCGCAUUUUUACAAAGCUUCCCGUUUUGUCGUUACGUGUCGUGAUCACUGCGAUCUAUUCUUUUGACUAUAAUUUACAAGCAAUGGAAGAGCAUCUUGGUGAACUAGACAAAAAGAAGGUUAACGCAUUUACCAUGGAUUGGACAAAGGCAACAUCGAGGGAUGUCUACGACACGGUACACGUGUUGGAGACAAACGCAAAUGCUCGAGAUUCGAAAGAUCGCAUGCUGCGGGUCUUUUUCACAACCAUCAUUAGCAAACUGUUAAUGGAACACACCGAUCUAGGCAUAAUUUGUGGAUUAGAUUUCGACCUCUCAGGGUUGCUGGGUAACCUAAUUCUGCGUCAUCUACAAACUUCUGCCGUAAACAUGCAUUCGUUGCAUUAUAUGGAGUACCAGCCGGAUCAACAAUUGUACGAGUUGGAAAACCAUGCUUCGGCAUGCUUUCCGUUGCUCAGCAUGUUGAACCAUUCCUGUGCGCCUAAUGUGACUCGCGUCACUUUACUCGAUGGACGAUGCGCCGUUAUAGUUAACCGUCCCAUUCCGAAAGGUGGUCAGCUUUACGAUAACUAUGGCAUGCAUCAUAGCAUGAUGGGCCGCAAGGAGAGACGGUAUGCUUUGGCAAAGCAAUACAGAUUCAACUGUCAAUGUGAAGCGUGCAUCAAUGAUUAUCCUCUAUAUCAUGGGCUUCCAAGUAUUGAUACUACUCAGCACGGUAUGAUAGACAUCCAAGCCAUACAUGCAGAAUUGCUGCUCCAUAACGUACAGCUGGCAAGGGAACUGUUGCCGAAGUUGCGCCGCUACUUGAACGAUAUUGGACAUCAAUAUCCCGGUAACGAGACUUGCUCAUGCCAGGAGCUUUUUUUGCGCAGCUUCCAAAUUUUGCACAGCCCUACAUCGGAAAGUGCACAUUACUGGAAAUAUUGUAACCCCUAGUCAAUCGGACUUCCUGUUAAAGUUAAAGUUAUAGGACGAAAGAGUAGAUAUUAUAACCCUAGCUUUGAUUGUUUACAUUACUAUUGCUCAUUUUUUAUUUGUUCAACAAUCUCAUUAUGUUUAUCGACAUCAAAACGUUAAAUACUUAGUGACGAAUCUCCGAAAGACUGUUUGUUAUACUAAAUUUAAAUCCUAGACAUGGUUACACUUCCACCAGUUCAUCCAUUUGAUGAACGCUCAGUUAAUAGACAGUAGGUGUAGGUAAUCUUCAGACAAUAUAUUUUAUUGUUGUUACAACGGAUUCUGAACUUUAUCACCAUGCUAUUAACAGAUCACAUAACUACUUGCUAAGAGAUGAAACUUUGAUGAUAUGACCCGAGACAUAAUAUCAUAGAGGUAAUUUUCAAUAAAGGAGAUUUUUCGCUCUAUGAAAACAAAUUACACAUCAAUUUUCAAAAGCUGUUUUCAGAGUUAGUUUGAACGGUCAUUUCGGGCCGUCUAGAUUUAUGUUUAUGACGUAACUAGU